AUGGAGUUUCUGUUCCUUGCUGAUCUCCAUGUUUACAUUCUGUCCUUCCUUCCUUACCAAGAUAUCCUUCAAUGUACAUCCGUAUGUAGAGACCUUCGCCAGACGUACCUGUCAUCUUCUGAGCUCCAAUAUAUUGUUGAACUCAGUGGUCAACAACUACUUCCUGUUGAUCUCCCUCUCGAUAGCCACACUCCUACUAUCUCAGAGUGUCUACAACUCCUGAGGGACAAAGCUCAUGCAUGGUUCCAGUUGAACACUCAACCUGUCGAACACGUUGAUGUCUCAAACAAGUACAUUAUGAAACUUACAUUCAUGUCAAAUGGGCAUUUCUGCCUCAUGGACGACCCAACCCUGCAUCAUAACUAUUUACGGGGUCCAACCAUCUCCAAGAUCUUUCCAAUACUACAAAAGCCCUCACAGCGAGUGUUUGACUGUGCAUGGCAUUCAAAUACACUGUCCUCAGUUCCCAAUGCACAGCUAAAUGAUAUUCUCAUGGACCCAACGCAAAAUCUGCUCGCUGCUGCAUACCACGUUCCUGAUGGGCUGGAUGUCUAUAUCGACAUUUACCUUUGGAUGGAAAUGGCGCUCACCCCCAAGCUGCUGGACCUAUGCUGUUUAUGUUACCAGAGCUGCAUGGACCUCAGAACAUUCUCCCAAAAUCUGAGGGUUGGAGGAUUCGGAGAUCCUGUGGUGGUUGCAGAUUUGGGACUGGCAGCACUCGAUGACAGUGUCCUCAGUGACGCUACAUCUGGAAGUCAAAUCUCAAUUGAUCAUUAUUUCCUCAGAACUAGUAGAUUGCUUAUGAUUGUCGGCAUCAAUUUGAAGGUCUAUUCCAUCGAGGAUAUGUCUCAGGCGCCACAAUUGCUCACAUGCUUCUUGUUGCCUGUACCUGUACGUGGUACACAUUUCCUCUCCAACAACUCAAAGGACGAUGGUGCACAAAGUAGGCCGCAGCCAGGGAUGCAACAAAAAAUGUGGAAAUCAGAUCCUACUCAUCAAAUCAUAUCCCUGAACAUGUCACCUUCCCUCCAUUUUGUCAUUUCUACCAGGAUUUUCUUCGAGCCCAACUUCAUUAAAGGGGGGUCAACAUCGAUACCUUGGAAACAUUGGGGCCCGUUGAAUACUCGUAUUUUCCAGCACUGUUCAGACGUUGUUGAUUCUGCUACUGGGAGUCGAGUCUUGAAGGUGGAACAUGCAAUUGACGCAACAGACAGUAAUGAUUUCUUGGAGUACAGUUUGCGUGUGAUGGACUUUAGCCCAUUAGCUAUCAAGUAUGGGCAGGGCCUAGGAUGGUUGGUGAUAGAGCCAUCUACGAUAGACCUGGAUGGACAGUCUUUAACAACAUCCCUGCCUUAUGUUGAGGUUGUGUUGAGCAAGAUAUCCAGUUCUACAGAUGAGCUGUUGUUCUCAUCGAUUGAUGAAGACAGAAUUUACGUGUUCCAUGUCCAUGAUUGCUUUGUCAAGGUCAUUAAGAUUUGGGAAGGGGUUUGA